CAGUGAGCUUCACGAAGUGGCGAGCCGCGCGGCGAGACAGCUGCGCUUGCGAAGACGAGCGGAGUGUUGUCACGCUCGGUCGAGUGUACGGGGAGGACCGGUGGGGUGUGCGUGUGUGCCCGCGAGCGGUGGACGUCGUCGAGCGCUGCGAGUCGCAAGGAUUUUGUUAUAUUUUUGUUUUUGUUUCGCCCCUCCGCAUACACCGACGUCGUCGAAAGCCUCUGGAGCAGAGCCGCAUACCCGGCGGACGACGGUGGGACCGUGAGAGAAGAUGGCUCGCAGCCGCCACCGCCGCCACCAGUGCCGAUAAGGAAUCUGGAGCACACACACGCCGCCGCUGGAGGCCCCGAGGGAACGCUCCGCGCACUGCCAGCGAGCGGCUGCCCACCGCCAGGCAACGCCGCGGCGGGAAAACUGCGCCGCCGCGGUGCUGUUACCCUGUCGCGAUUGUUGACAGUGCGGCCGCGCCGGUGACCAGCGCGUCCGGCUUCUGUUCGACAAACCAGACGUCGGCUUGGUGCGCCCGCGAUAUAGUGCGGUAAUCUCCGCUUGGGAAGCGGGGCGUGUUUUGUGUCUAGCGUGCGUUGUGAGUGCGCGAGUGGUGCGCGAUGUCGGCGGUGCCCCAGCAGCGCGACGUGGCCAUGUUCGGACUGGGUCUCAGGGACUACGGCUCCAGCUGGACGCGGCUCCAGGAAGCCCUGCGGGUGCAACAGCAGAUGUACGGACCCGCGAGGCAGGAGGAGCUGCCGCAGCCGAGUCCUCCUGCGCGAUCGGACGACGGCAGUGAAGAGAAGACUUCGUCCAAGGGCAAGUCCAGAGCCGGACUUAUGGGGCUCAUUACCAGAAAGAAAGACGGCAAGAAAAAAGACAAGAGAUCGUCUAAGUCUCCGGAAAGGAAGGCUAAGGAACAUUUGUCUGAAGACGACGCUACGGCAAAGCCCGAGUCUCUGAUAGAAGCCUCGUCUCUUAAGAGGCCCGCGCUCAAGGAAACCCUUAACUCUUUCGUUCGGACGCCGUCAUCUGAGAAGGAAACGGAUGUGCCCGAUGCGCCUAAGGAGAAGUCCCAAAGCCCAAAGUCCUUCUCGCGCAUGUCCGAAAACUUCGACUCCGAUGAGAGGCUGUCGGCGGACGGCUUUCGUAACAAUGGUGACGCAGGUAGUCCCGGCGAUGAGUUUCUGGUCAACGGCAAAAGACGACAGGACUCACCGUCCGAAAGAGAGUUCUGGGGACCCAAGACCGCCGCCGACGAUGACCCCGGCCAGCGAAAGAGUGCGCGAGCGCCUGCGAAAAUACCCAGGGGACAUAAGCGGGACAGUCCGAGCCGCGACAGAGAGGAGGUAGUCUACAGAAGGCCCCGUCACCAAUCCUUCAGAGAAGAUUUUUACGGCGAGGAUGAGCACGACGAAAAUUUCAACCGCCGAGAGCCCCAGCGUCGGCCGAACGAUCCCGUACACAGACAGCGAUCGUCUAGGCAACAGUACACCUUGAGUGAUCCUCCGUACCGAAUCGAGAACGGUGAGCCUCCCGUGGACCAGUCAUUGAACAAGUCUGCCGACGAACCGGAGCCCAUUCGCCCGUCGAGGGAGGCUGACCGUGUAGUCUAUAGACGAGAAGUGACUGAGCAGCCCAGAGGACAGUCGCAUUCAAAACCCGCUCUCGAUAUGGAGCCACAUCGUUCGUCCAGAGAGGCUGACAGGGCCACCUACCGACGGGAGGAAGGCGAACCUCGAAGAGGACACUCCUUGACGAGGCCAACGUCCGACGUCGAACCCCGUCGUCCAUCCAGAGAGGCCGAACGGGCGAGACACUCCCUUGCGAGGCCCAAUUCCGACGUCGAGCCGCAUCUUCCACCUAGAGAAGCCGAACGGACCAGUUACCGUCGCGAUGAGAGAGACCUUGCAAGAGGACACUCGUUAACGCGGAACGACACCGAGCCUCAAAGGCCGUCUAGGGAGUCUGAUAAGGCGGGCUACCACCGCGAGGACACAGAAACACACUUGGGUCGCUCGGUCGCGAGGCAGGGCGGGGUCGGCGACUCCGAACCGCAUCGUCCGUCGAGGGAAGCCGACCGCACUAGUCACCGCCGGGAGCAGCACGGGCAAACUCCUAGGGGUCCUUCGCUAACGAGGCCCACCGUCGAUACCGAGCCACACCGCCCGCCGCGAGAGGCCGACCGAGUCGAUCCCACGCCCCGUAGGGAGCUGUCGCCGUACAGGCACGAGACGGAGGACUUCAACGACCGCCGGUCGAGGCUGCAAGACUACGCGGAAGCGCGCACCAGACGCGACGAAUCGCAGGCUAGACUUCGCGACUACAGUCCGAUGGAGAGGCGUCCCAACGGCCGCCUCGACUCGACGUCUUAUAAAAACCGGCAGCAGACCGAUAGAGAGCAGCGCGUGUCAAACAGGGUCGACAGGCAGUCGCACAUGUUCAGAGAGGACGCCCUUGAAAGGAACAAGGACCACGACGAGUGGAGCGACAGGGACGGCCGCCAACAGCAACAGGCGCUGCAGCAGCUUCAACGCAGGGACGGCCGUGCUGACCCGGAGCCCAGAAGCCCUCUUCAUCACCACCACCAGCAGCAGCAACAGCAGGUGCAGGCCACCGAAAACAGCGUACGGCCGCUGGGCUGCACGCGUUGUGGCGACCGCGUCUAUCCCAAGGAGAUGGUGACGCCCAAGCCGGGCGUGCUGCUGCACAGCGGCUGCUUCAAGUGCCGCGAGUGCGGUGUCAAGCUCACGCUGCAGACGUUCUUCACGAACCAGCGGGACACGCGCGACACCGACGUCUACUGUCGUACGCACGUGCCUCGCCUCGGCCCCGGUACCGUGGACGGCAACGCUCUCAACAUCCUAACCAGCAAGAACAGCCGGGAGAUCAAGUUCAGCCGGUACCCGAAGGCAAGCGACACGGAGCUAUCUUCGCAGGACGACGGCUGACGUAGCAAGUGGCUGCUCUCCUUGCGGUGGCCGAUACGCUUGCAGAGCUCAUCUGAAUGGAGGAUUCCGGCACCUCGUCGUAAGAAGGAAGAAAAAAAAACUUGUGCUCAUCCCUCGCUUAGCGCGAUACGGAACUCCCUGCUGUGCAGCCCAGGCUGAAACUUGUGUACAUAUUCUCGAGAAUCGUGCAUUUCGCGCAGCCGCACACGGCUGUGAAUAAGAGUCGUCUGCAAGUGCCAGGAGCCCCGGUCACACGUGACGCAACGUUUCGCAGGCGAGGAACUGCUGAAGACAGAUACUGUUGACAGGGGUGCACUGCGUACCGUUUUGGGUCGCGGCUCAUCCUUGCGCUGAGCUACUCAACUACUGGCCACCCCUAUUGCUAAUAUUCCACAUCUGCUCCGGGCAGAAAGGGUGGCGAGAUUGUGAAAGAGGUGCGUGCUUUUCUACGUGGUGCAUUUGUUGUGCAGGCGAAGUCAAGCGAGUCCGCUUCUCCGGAAGAGGCCUGCAAUUAUAUUCCAGACACUGUAAAGAGUCCGCCACGGCGACGUUUUCGGCCAAUCAAAGACGGCGUGGCUCCCCUGUUAGCCAAUCAGAGGGGACGAGAUGACAGAUGUGACAAUAUGGCGGAAGUUGACACUGCCGAGGGGUGGCUGCUGGCGGAAGUGUGAUUAUGACCAAUCACGCGAGGGCAAUCCAACGAUACGCUUUCCGAACCGCUGUAUGAUCGAACCCAGACUAGCACCCGUUCUUGACGUAGGACGCGCGUUCGAUAUGGGCCAAAUUUGCGAGAAGGCACGAUGAUGAUGUCGACGCGGUGGUUACUCUUGUUCAGAAACCAGUGUUAAUUGCCUCAAGUUUCACCCUGACGUGCGUCUGCCUAAAACCUUUUUUUUUCUUAAUGCUAGUAGUGUUAGGAGUGUCAAAGUGAAAAGAAAUGUGUGUGUGUGUGAAGUGUGGAAAGCCGGUCACGUGUAGAAGUAGAGAGGGGUGGGAGAGCUUAGAAGAGCGUGUAUGCAUAUAUACUGCAACUAACGGUGGCAUGCUUCGGACAACCGUCGCGCUUCGUCACACUUCAGUUGCACUCUGCUCCUCGAAGAGACAGGAUGCUAGUCCAGUGAGCUCGUGAACAACACUUUGCAAUGGGGUGAACGCGAUUUAAAUCAUGAAUUUUGUUCAUCAAAGAGGUGCGACGCAAUGCUAAAGCAUUUUUCUCGAAUUCACCGGACAAUCACCUCUGAUUUCUUCCCCCUGUCGUUUGCGAUCUGCGGCGGCAGGUAUACAAUCUACAAUAUCACGAUGCGACUAACUUGCGUACUCGGUAAAUUGGUUACUCGGUGCGCCCCUAAACCGAAUGAGGCGUUUUGUUAUUCACGAAGUGGCCUUAGCUGCGGCUACCAAACUAAUAGAGGCUGGUGAAGUGGAGUUAUUUGUUAUCAAAUAAUCACAUGUAUAGGUCUCUACGAUGAUCCGACUAUUUACCUGAACGGCAGCAGUUCAAGGGCAAGACCAACAUUGCUGAAGGCUGUGCUGCAAAUAUGGGGCCACCGUUUGUUGUAACGAAAACGGCGUGGUAUUCUCUUGAAUGCGACGUUUUCGAGCACUCUCUGGUUCUAAUAGGCGAUAAGGUUAGCAUUCGUAUCUUGCACAUACGACAGCUCAAGACGGUCAUUAAAUGUGACUGGUGGAACACUAUACACUAUCAAUGCACCAGUGUUCACACGGUGCAUUAUGUUCUCGAGGAAUUUCGCGUAACGACGCGGGAACGUCGUCUCUAUCGAAAAAAAAAGUUUGCAUAACGUACAAUACAUCGCUCAUAUAUUCAAGAACGCUAUGUAUUUCACGAGACUUGAAAUAAACAAUUCCAUGUGAUCCCAUAGAUGCACACCCGGCGACAAAAUAUUGCGGGGCAUGGCAUCUGAGAAAAAGCUGCGUGUCUCCACAACUUCACAACGCGCUCUUGUAUUUACAUUUCGGGCCUCGACUAGAAUAUGCUAACAACAUUGUCGUAUACAGUUUUACUGGCUACUGCUACAGGCUGCUCAGGAAUUGAACGUUUUCGGCGAUCCCGUGGUCCGUAAACUUUUCUCGCCGGGUGUACGCUUCCAAAUGCUCUGUCUCGACUGUGACUUGUGAACAGUGUUACGUAAAUUUGGACUAAAUGUCUGAAGCGAUAAUCACUGGCUCAGCUACUAUUACCUCAUACAUCGUCUUAUUAAGGCCAAUUAAAUGUAGCGAAGACCUUGUGCUAUGUCAAAUUUACGUGGAAUGUUCAGCCACACCGGACAGCUAAUCGUCGUGAGCAGCCCCUGCAUCGGAAGUAGUAUUUCGCUUACGACGCGCACUCCUCAAGGAGACGCCUUAAAGUUAUUGUCUUUCCGAUAGACUGGUGUAAGAUAGGGCUUGUGGGUAAAACAUAGUGUUGAUUAACUGCGCAAGAACAACUCAGGAGACAGAAGAGAUAAGAGGGCGCUUCCAACAAUUUACAUUAUUUUCGAGAAGCAUCGCCAAAUGUAUAGUCUUGCAGAAACACAACAGCCAUGCGCGGAACACAAUUUUACAAUAGGCUACAUUUUUAAUGGCAGUUCCUUCACCCGAUCAACGGUGACACGUCUAUAAGCUGACCAGUAUUUUCCUGCGUUGAUAUGCGAAACAUAUCGACAUGCAAGCUCGGAGAAGCGUAUAUAAUUUACGCUUCAAAAUUUCGCAAUUUUGAAGUAUCUCAGCAUAGCCGUUCUCUGGUGCGUUGUGCUUGCACUCACGCGAUGAAGCAGGGGCAUAUCAAAGCACCUGUGGCAUCCCGACGGAAUAUGCGCUUCGUUGCAUUCAACACGAGCAGCUAACUUUUGUGAAGAGGCCUUGCAAAUUCCAGUAAUAAAAGCAAAGACAUUCCAUUGAUGGCGAUGUCAUGUGCUUAUUACUCUUACAGGACGCUAAAAAGCUGCUGAUGUGGAAAAUAAAAAUGAAGGCGCCAGAGGCCUUUUCGGUGUUCAACCCGACAGCUUGUCGCGCAAGAAGCGGUUUGACCGCUUGAUACGUUCCAAGUAGAAUUGAAGACAUUGACAAGUAAAUCAAUGACCAUUAAAAGGUAAUGCCAACAAGAAUAAGCUGAAGCGCCACGCAGAUAUUUUCCAUGGACACGAUGAGGUGCUGCGUUGGCACAACACAAUCUCUGCAGGUGCACGUUGCCGACAUUUGCUCGGAGCUGCCUAUUCAGUCUCUAUGGCUGGACUAAGGGAAGCGCUGUUGUGAUCGCCCUAUAAAUAGAGCAAACGAAGAAAGAAAAAAGAAAACGCUGAUAAAUAAUUUCUCCAUUAGCCCGUCUAUGGGGUAAAAUGAUUGUCUAUUACGAGAGCAAGCUAGUCACGUGUUCUAAGUAAUGAGCUUUAUGAAGCAUGAUUUACCUUCCGGAUUUGAAGCGAUUCAGCUUUACGUAGUUGGCACGUAUGUGGGUCCCUCUGCUCCUUUUUACAGCCUUCCGUGACAGCUGUAUGCACUUGGUCGUGACCAUCCGCGUCACAUUUGAGACCUUGGGUGGGCACUGUGUCAAACAGCGAUCCUCUGACCUAUGCCACGUCUACAUUGACGUCGCUUUGUGGGCGGGCUCCGAGUCGAUCGUCGUCGUGUGGAUAGAAGAUAUGAGAGAUACUGUGUUAUUACAAGAUGGAACGCCAAUUAGCCCGGUCUCGUACCUUACUGCAGGUUCUUCAUCUGGUAGCAUUCAUCAAAGGCCAUCUUUAUUAUACUUCUGUUUUCGUAAAAGCGCCAGUCUUCGUGUACACAAAAAGCAGUCUCGUGCUACCCUAACCUGUAUGGCUUAAGUUGAGACAGGUGCUAGUACAAAGGUAUGAUGGUGGGGAAUUAAGUUUACUAGAAGAGCAUCCGAUUUGCUACGCUACACAGGGGAAAGAGCAAAUACAAACAUGACUGAAAAACGGAAGGGGGCGCCCUAAACAUAUGCGCGCACAAGCAAGAUAUGGAGUGUCUGAGGGAAGCCAGAUGUUUGGUCUAUGCCUGAAGGGCCGAGACCAUAACACCAUGGCUUCUAGGACGUGUCGAGUAAGUUUAGAAGUCCAAAGCGGUGCAUGCGUUCGACUCCCGUCGUAAAAAGACCGCAAUGCAGGACAUCUCAAGCCCUGGCGACAGCGCUUUCCAUUUUCACGAGAUAAAAUUAGCGCUGACAGCUGCUGAGGCCCCAAGUUUUCUUCCUGGCAGACACGUAAAAUAUGCCCUGAUAUUGAUUAUAUCGUGGCAACGAUUGACUCGCAGAGCAACCCUGAGCAACCAUGGUAACCUCUCUGAAACGAUAGAUGAUAGCACAGGAUCAUUCUCGGGGUUACUGCUGUUACGCUGUCAUGAAGCGCAACCCUGACCAUCAUGAGGCAGAGUGGCAGAACAAGAAGUAUUACGCGAAUGGUUGACCGUUCUGAGAGCACCGCCAAAAGUAUAUAUUCGACGUCGAGGUACAUCGGCAUUGUGUACUAACUGACUGUUGCAUGCACACAUGUGGUACUCGUUUUGAACCGCUAACUGUUUAAACGCAUGCAUGACAAUGACGGCGGACAGUUAAAAAAAAACCUUGUUACUACCGUGUAGAGAAUCCAGGUUUGUUUUCGUUCCUGUUUGUUUUUAUUGUUUCAAGACUCCAUUUGUAUAGAUUUAUGGAAUAAAACACCACUUUCUGAAAGUGA